AUGUCUCAAACUUCACAAGAAUUCCAAGAAAGUGGCGGGGAUGAGACUGGAGAAACAAUAUCACUUGAAGUUACCUCCACCUCUUCACAUAGUAAAAAAUCACCAGCAUCAGCACAGAAUGAAGAAAACGAUAACCCAACUGAUGAUGAAACACCUUUAUUAUCGAAUGUUGAUUUCAAUAGUCGUAUUAUUACAGUAGAAGACGAAUAUUUAAGUAGUACUAAAUAUCCUGAAGAUCCGCUAAAACCGAAAGAAAGGGGAACAAUAUUCUCUAGCUUUUUAAAUAUGGCUAAUAGUAUUAUUGGGGCUGGUCUUCCGUAUGCAUUUAAAGAAGCAGGGGUAUUUAUGGGAAUUUUAUUAUUAAUUGGACUUACAAUAACAGUUGACUGGACAAUUCGACUUUUAGUUUAUAAUUCGAAAUUAUCAGGAAGAAAUUCAUAUCAAGAAAUAAUGAAUUAUUGUUUUGGAAAGUCAGGAUAUAUUACUAUAUCAUUAUUUCAAUUUGUAUUUGCUUUUGGAGGGAUGUGUGCAUUUUGUGUCAUUAUAGGAGACACAAUUCCUCAAGUCAUAUCAUCAUUAUUUCCUACAUUAUAUCGUGAUAUUUCAAAUUUGGCUAAAGCAAGUGGAUUAGCUUUAAUAUCAAUGAUUAUCAUUGUUGUAGGUGUUGCAAUUGAAGGACCUAAAGUUGACUCCUCUUUAAAAGGUAAUAAAGAAUCCUGGCAAUUCGUAAGGCCAGAAGUAUUUCAACGGUUUGCUGUGGUUACGCAUUGGUCAACUGGAAUAUCUAUGGUAGCAUGUAUGGUAAUGGGUUUAACUGGAUAUUUGACAUUUACUGAUAAAACUCAAGAUAAUAAUGUUAUAAAUAUUGCAAGAUUCUGUUUUGGGUUUAAUAUGUUUACGACUUUACCACAUGUUUUUAUUACUACAUUAUUGGUUGGAAGUGCAAUGGGAAUUUCACUUAUAACUAGUGAUUUAGGUGUAGUACUUGAACUUACCGGUGGAUUUUCAGCUACAGCAUUGGCUUAUAUUUUACCACCGUUGUGUUUCUUAAAAUUAACUUCAGGGAAAUGGUAUGAAUUUAAAAAAAUACCUGCAAUAUUAUGUGUGUCAUUUGGAUUUUGUGUAAUGGUAUUAAGUACUAUUCUAAGUAUAAGAAGUCUUAUCACAUAA